AUGACAGAUACAGAGCACUUUAGCCCAUACCGCGCAGACGGCAAGCUGUAUGGUUUCGUUUGUGUCGUGACAGGUGCUCAACAAGCUGUGGGACAAGCAAUCAUCAGAGAAUUGGCCGCUCAUGGUGCUGCUUGCGUUUAUGCCUGCGACAAAGGCACGUCCUCUGAUUAUACCGACCUGAUCGAGAGCAUUGCCAAAGAAAGUCCAAACACAAAAGUCAUUGGCUAUCCGUUCAAUAUAGCGGCAGAAGACGAGACUCUGGGACUCAUUGAUGAUGUGCUCAACUCUUGGGGCAGACUUGAUGUCUGGGUGUGCUCCUCUGGUUUACUGGGUCCUUCAUCAAUCGAUGCCACUACCCCAACGGACCUGCAAAGGUGUUUUGAGGCAAAUAGCAUGGCUCCCUUCUUUGCCUUGAAGUAUGCGCCGCCAGCUAUGACUAAGACGACGCCUAAAUUGGCAUAUCCAAACGCUGCUCCAAAAGAUCAGAAGUAUGGCUCUAUAAUUGUGGUCAGCUCCGUUGCAAGUACCUAUGGUGGAUGUUGGGGACCUGCCUUUACUAUGGCAUCACAUGCGGCUCUGGGGGUAGUAAGGGCUGGAGUAGCGGUGCUAAAAGGCACUGGUGUGAGAAUCAAUUGUAUCUCUCCUGGACAGAUUGAUGUUGGGGUUGAUCUUCAAGGGUUCGAUAUGCGAGGUAUGGCAGCACAAUUUCCGCCUGCAAGUCUUCAAUCAAAAGAAAGCCAAAAGAGCCAUAUCGGACUGGAAAGAUCAGGUCUCCCCAUCGAAGUGGGACGUGUGGCGGGUUUCUUAGCAAGUGGAUUUAGUUCCUAUGUAACUGGUGCAAAUAUGGUCGUCGAUGGAGGAGCGAGCGUGAUGAAUCCAUUGACCGUUCCUAUAUAG